AUGCAAGCGGCUGCACUUCGCCUGCCAAGCUCGGCACGGAAACGGCGCGAUGAGCCAUGGCAGGCGGCUCUGCAAAGCUUGGAGGACUUGCUGGCGAAAGGGGCGUAUCUCCAUGCGCGCAGCUUCGAUCAGGUCCUUGGGCACCUCGGCCGGUGCUCUCAGUGGCAGCUGCUGCUUACUCUCCUUUCGGUCUUGCCAACUUGGAGGCCGACGCCGGAUCUUCUCUCCUACAGCCACGCCAUUAGCGCCGCCGAGAAGGCUGGGCAGUGGCGAGUGGCACUCCAACUGCAUUCUGAAGUUCUGGCUGGCGACCUCCAGCCGGAUGUCGUCAGCUUCUCAUCCUGCAUCAGCGCGCUCGCACGCGGCGGUCAGUGGGAAAAAGCGCUUCAGUUGCUCUGGGAGAUGCCAUCUGCGGGCAUCGAGGCAAACGUGGUCAGCUUCAAUGCCGCCAUCACAGCCUGCGAGAAAGGCAACCGUUGGCAGGGGGCACUUCAGCUUCUCGAGGACCUGCUGCGCCUGCGUGUAGAGCCCACGUGCAUCACGUGCAACGCGAUUCUCAGUGCUUGCGAGAAAGCCGGCCUUUGGGAGGAUGCGCUCCAUUUGUUUUCGCAUCUCCCGGCCAUGACCGUCCAAGCAGAUACCGUUAGCUACAAUGCCAGUAUAAGUGCUUGCGCGAGAACGGGUCAGUGGCCGCUCGCCCUGCACUUCCUCUCGGGAAUGUCCGUGGCAUCGAUUGCAGGAACGGUCGUGAGCGUCAAUGCCGGGAUCAGCGCCUGUGAGAAAGCCGGGCAGUGGCAGAUGGCACUGCACCUCCUAGACAGGAUGCCCCUGGCUCAGCUUUUGCCGGAUCUCAUCAGCUGCAAUGCGAGUCUCAGCGCCUGUGAGAAGGCCCGGCAGUGGGAGCAGGCCCUUCACCUUCUCAUGGUGGGAAUGGCUGGCCAUAGAGUUGCAAGCGACGUAGUCACCUGGAAUGCUGUGAUUCGGGCGAGUGCGGGUGGUGGACGCUGGCUGCUGGCGGUGGGGUUGCUGUCGGGUGUCCAGUUUGCUACGGUGCAGGCGGAUGUGAUCACCUUUGGGGCCUGUAUUGCGUGCUGCGCAGAGGAUGGCCACUGGCAGAUGGCGGUGCAGCUGCUGACGGAAAUGCCGGCAGCCCGCGUUGCGGCCAACGCCAUCAGCUUCAACUCGUGCAUUAGCGCCUGUGAGAAAGCCGCACGGUGGCAAGAGGCGCUCCUGCUGCUGUCGGACAUGCCCAAAGCCGCAUUGCAAGCGGACAGCAUCAGCUUCUCGGACACUUUCUAG